AUGAGCCCCGGCUCUUCCUGGUGGGCUGUUGCCACGAUCGCUUGGCUUCGCGGCGGAGAUGCCUGCACCGACCUGAUUCCAGGAUGGCAGGACAAGGAUGGGCGUGACUGCAACCAUUACCGCAACACCAAGAAGUGGUGUACUCCGACGGGUGCGUAUGACCACGAGUGGGACCCAGAAUUCCGAUUCUUCUUUGCCGACUACCUGCUGCCGAACGAGACGCUCACCGCGGCGGAUGUUUGCUGCAACUGCGGCGCCGGUCUUUGCAAAGACGAGAAGCAUUGGGUCGACUCUCGUGGUUGGUCAUGCGACCAGUACUACCAGGAGGGCUGGUGUCCAUCCGGGCUUCCUGCGGGAGAGAACUUGCAGGCCUAUGCAGUGGACAAUGUGUCCGCUGCCGAAGCCUGCUGCCAAUGUGGCGGUGGUUGUCAAAGUUCCAGCACCUGGGUAGAUUCCGGGGGAAACAACUGCAGCGCCUACUACCACCAGCAAUGGUGCGCAUGGUCCGGUGGUGUAGGUCCUGGAUGGGACAGCAGUUGGGGAGCCAUCGAAGCUUACGCCGUGGGCGGGCAAAGCGCCUGGGACGCCUGCUGCGAAUGCUCCCGCUGCAAGGAUGACGUGAUCCUGAACGACCAGGAUGAAGUCGCAGCUUGGACGGCGCAGGGUUGCCGCGUGGCGCGGAAGCUGCGCUUGCAGAAUGAAGUGUCCGACUCCAGCGUCUUCUCGCAUGUGCGAAACAUCUACAUCCUCGAGGUAAUCCAAUCCCAAGUCACUUCUUUGGCCGGCUUUGGGAAUGCCAUUGUCGGCGAUAUGCGCAUUCUUGGCAACUUCCAACUCGCCAGCUUGGAAGGCAUUGGAGGGGCCUAUGACACGCUCAUGAACUUCAUGGUCGCCAACAUGCCUCUGGUGACGAGUCUGCAUGGCCUGCCGGCCUUCAGGAGAGUCUAUCGUCUGUGGCGGAUCCUGGCCAUGCCCGCCUUGGUCGACAUCGCGGCCAUGGGAACCCUCGAAGAGGUCGGUUGGAUGGAUGGCCUUGAAAAUCCUGCGAUGAAAUCUUUCCAUGGCUUGGAGCGUCUGCACACGAUCCGAACGCGCAACUUUCUGCAAAGAUCGGUCCGCUUUACGCAGAUGGGUGACUUGGAGUCACUGGAUGCCUUCGGCGGCUUGCGGGGUGCGAUUGCCGGAACAGUGGAGAUGGAGUUCACCCCCACCGCGAACGGCAGGAUCUCAGCACAAGGCUUCCUGGGCUUCACGACAGCCUGCGCGUCCUUUUGCUUCCUGAAGGGAAUCUCGCUCAGGGCCACCCCGGCACCCCUGGAGGACAGCUACUGCUUCCCGGACGAGGACAGAUUGGCGCUCUCUUUCAAAGGGGGAAUCUCUUUUGCAGGGGGGCCGCAGUUGGAUCCGGCUUCCUUCGGGUCUGGGUGCACGAGAUGCGCGGAGGACUGUGGCCAUCUCUCCCAUGGGUACCGGGUCGCCUGCGACUACCGGGUGGGCCUUUGUGGCUGCCCUCUGGGGACCAUGAGCACCAACUGUAAUACGUCGGCGCCUGAGGUGCGGAUUGUCCCGGGCCAGUCGCAGGAGUGUACGCGACCACGUAAAGCGGACGGGGAGACGAUUGCCUGCGAGGUGUGCAUCGCGGUGUACACGAGCGAGUACAACUCGAGCGCAAUGGACCCUCCUCGAACUCUGAGAGUGGAGGAGGCCCAGAGUGCGCUGCGCUGGGCGUGGCCCCAGCAGAUCAGCUGGCAAUCACCAUUCAACGGCACACUUUGCACGAACAUCAGCUUGUCGGCCAUGGAUCCACCCCUGGGAGACGAAAACCUGGAGUUGGUCCUGGCAUACUCCGACUAUGCCCAGGAUUUCUUCUUGCCUGGCAGUCUCCGCAACCCCCUGCGGAACCCUAUCGAGCCCAUUUACCCGUGGUGCUUGGACACAGGUGACUGCACACGGACUGGCACUGACCCUGUGUCCUUCUCGCUCACCAUCAGCGAGCCCCCCGUGGGCCGGGCGGAAUUCUCGCAUCAGGAGAUUUAUGUUCGAGAGGGCACGGUUGGCGCCGUGGUGGUGAAGCGUGUGGGUGGCGACUAUGGGAGGUUGACCACAACGAUUGAGGUGGACAACAGCUCGGCGGCAGUGCAGGACUUCAACUACCUCUGGCCUGGGUUUACGCUGAGUUGGCUCCAUGGCGAUUCCAGGUCGAAGGCCAUCGCCGUAGUAUUCAAGGACAACAGCGUCGCUGAGCCAGACGUGGUCCUCUCCGUCCGCCUGCCGCAGGGAGGGGAGAACUCCACCUGUAACGUGUGGAUACAGGACGACGGGGAUGCGGGACAGCUGGGCUUCAGCGACCAGCGCAGGGUGGUGCCGGAGACUUCUCUGAGUGACGGCUGCCUCUUCCAUGCACGUCGCGAUGGUGGCAGUAGCGGUCUCGCUCGUGUCCGUGUCGAGGUGGCUGAGUGCCUCACCCAGGAGAGUCCAGCCGUUGAAGGUCAGGAUUUCCUCUUUGCGCCCGGAGUGCUCACCUGGGCGGAUGGUGAGAUCGGGGAGAAGUGCGCCGUCUUUGCUCCCUCGACGAGUCUCACCGACGCGGGCGUUGUCCAGGGCGCAGCGCUGAUCUCUGUGCUCGAGGACGCCAGCACCGAGCGAGACGAGGCGGUGUGCUUUGGCCUGACGUUGCUGGAAGGAGUGGCUGAGGUGGCGACCACGGAGGGCCAGGGCUUGAGCCCAUCCGCCUCGUUGGUGUUGCUGGACCAGGGCGUCGACGGCGGGCCGCAGCAGGCCCCCUGCGCCCGGGGCAGACCGUGCUAUGUGGACCUCUCCAACAGUCUCCUGGCACGCCAGCUCGCCGGCGCCGAUGCCGCACGCCGUUUGGCCGGGGCAGCCGUGGGAGUGUUCCUCUCCCUGGGUAUCUGUCCGGCCUGCGAUGCCCCGGCGGCUGCCGAGAGAAGCGAGUUGAAUGACACCUACGUCGCGAGCUUCCCACAGCUCGCCGUUGAUCCUGGCCAAUAUCUCGUGUGCCUUUGCGCCGGCCACGACAGCACCGCGGGGAAGGCUGUGGCCAGCUUGACCGUGGAUGGCAUUCAGGGCGGCCACCAGGCGACCUGCGCUUUGGGUCAGAAGUGCCAGCUGCCGGUGCUGCAAGGACUGGGUCUCCAGGCCGGCGACGCCCUGACGGUGCAGGAGCUGUGCGGGCAGACAGAACUCCUCGACGGCUUGCCUUCGCAGGUCGCCACGGAUGACUGGGGCAACGGCAGCUACGUCUUCGCGAGCGACGCCGUGCUCCAAAGCAGCCAGGGCUUGUUCAACCUUUGCUGGUGCCGACCGCAGCCCAAUCUCGCGCAGCCGUGCAUAGCAGUGGCAGACUUUGCCGUACAGGUUGGACUCUUCAAGGUCGAAGGGCCGCGCUUUGGCCAGGCCUUUGAAUGCCAAGUCGACUCGCCGAACUGCGCCCUUUCCGGGCUCGCGGGGACAGGGCUUCGUGCUGGCGACAAGAUCAUGGCGAAGGAGACCUGUGAGAGCGCAGAUGCCGUCGACUGGGGAGCGGCGUACUCCGUGGCGGUGACGGCGGACGGGCGAAACUAUUCCUUCGGUGCGCUGCGUGGCACCGGUACCGUUCUGCAGGAGCUCGCCUUGUGCUGGUGCCCAUCCUCGGCGCCCUGCUCGUCUCCUGGCGACUACCGGGGAGAUCUUGGGCGUUUGUCACUGCGGUGCCCGGAAGGAUACUAUUGGCCGACUGCCGAAGGAGUUUCGCUGCGGGAGGGCGAGUGCCAGCCCUGCGAAGUCUACCAGAAGACUGCGGGAUCCGGCUCAAUCGGACGGGCGGCCUGCCUCUGCCGGACGCUGGCGGAUGGGUGGCCGUUUCAGGAGGUGACGGACGGCAACUGUGGCUGCCGUGACGGUUACGUCUGGGAUGGCGACUUGCUUGGCUGCGUGCCCUGCAACGAGGGCCAAGAUUGCCGCUGGGAGAACCUCUUCAGGAGGAGCCUCGAGCCUCCGCCGCUGAUCCCGGGGCAUUGGUCCGAUGACAAAGGCUCCGUCUACCGCUGCUUCAGCACCAGCACUUGCCCCUUUACGAACAGCACCUGUGCGGUGGGACGCACUGGGAAGGCAUGCGCUGUCUGCGAAGAAGGCUUCAUCGGCGGCCACGAUGGGGAAUGCCAGCCUUUUAAGGUCAGCUGCGCCCAGGAGUCGACGGAGGCGAGCGUGGCACAAUUCAUGGCGAUCCUCAUUCCGAUCGCAGUUUUACUGAUCGCAUUGGGCAUGGUAUGGUUGGCAAGGCGCCACCAGCAGGUCGCGGAUGAGCAGAAUAAGCACGUGUUGCAGACCCUCUCUGGGCUGCGGGAAGCGCUUGCACAGAACUUCCAGUACCUGCAGAUUCUUAGCAUCGUGUCCCUCUUCAAAGUGCGCUGGCCGCCGCUCCUGUCGGAGAUCUGGGCUUUCGUGCGAGGCAUCACAGCAGAGCUCAUCACAAUUCCCAGCUUGGGAUGCGUGCUACCGCACCCUUCGUCCUUCAACGAGAUGUUGGUGCGCUAUCUGAUACCGGUGCUGCUGGCUGCGAUGACCCUGCUUUCUUGGCUGUUGGUGCGACUAGCUCGCAAAGGUCUGCGAGCGUGUGGUGGUCCGAAGGCUAUUGUCGCCAGCCUGGACGUGCGGGGAAUACAGAUGCUGGAGCUGCUGGUCCUCACAGGCUGUUUGUUUUACAGCCUGAUCGUGCGCAACGGCUUCAUCGUGUUCACGUGCUCCACUGGUCCGAAUGGCAUCUCUAGCGUGGUCAUCUACCCGCACAUCGACUGUCCCAGCUCCGGUGCGGAUCUGAGCGACUGGAUGCAGCUGCUUCCUUUUGCGCUCGUCUACAACCUGGUGUUUAGCCUCGGCUUUACCUUCCUCGUCUUCCACGCGGCGCGGAAGGUGGCGGAGCACUUGGUGAAGAGCAACUUCCACGAUCGAGGCCCCUGGCACUUCGUAGCGACGGAGUUCCGGGACACCUACAUCUGGUGGCUGUUCCUGAAGAUGAUGAAGGACCUGCAGAUCAACAUCCUGGCGGCCGUGUUUACGAAUUUGGGCUCCAUCCAGCUGCUCAGCACUGCGGUGGUGUCGACGCUGUAUGGAUAUCUCUGCGCUCACCACCAUCCAUUCAGGGAUCCCAUGAACAAUCUGCUCGAAGUUUGGUGCUCUCUGUCAGUGGCUGGCAUUUGCUUCUUCGCCUCCGGAAUGGGCUUCGCUUACGACGCAGAGGACGACUACGCCGAGACCGCCCUCGAGACGCAGGAGCUUGGAGAAGAUGGCUCGCUGAGAGCGCAGAUCCUGCUGGGUUUUCAGCUGAUCUCUUUCGCUGGCGGCUUCGGCAUUCUGUUCCUCCAACUCUUCGGUGUCGCACCAGGUGUGGCCAGGUGGAUUCCGCAGAGCAUGAGGCCCCGGGACUCCGAUGGCCUGGAGCUCGCCGCGGAGCAGCUGGGCCUCGCGUUCAAGGCAGCAGAUUUCUCGAAGUUCGACGACGUGGCUGUGGCCAGAAAUUUCGCUCUACUUCAGGAGAGCCGAGCUUUGUUGCAAUCCACCAAGUGGCAUAUCCGACGGAGCGGGUCAUUCACUCGUCUUAUGCCGGGGCGCCACUACAUGGCGCGGCUGAUCAGCAAGGAAAAGUCGAUGUCCAUGCAACUCGAAGACGACGGCGAGCCGGAGCUUGACCCAAGGGGUCUGGCAGAUACCGGUGAGGAGGUCGAUGCUUCUCGCGAGAGCGAAGACAAGCUUGAAGAUGAUCGGGGAGGUCAUCAGCUUUCAAUUCCACAGGACGGAUCAGCCCAGUCGGCAGACCCUGGCAGUGAGCAGGGUGAGUACGAGACUUAUGUGUUUUAA